AUGCAGACUGCUUCUACUAACAUUUGUGAAAGACUGUUCAAUAAGUCCAUCUGUGAAAUUUCCUUGCUACUAAAUAUUUCCUUGUCAACUGUUAGUCGUAUUAUAACAAAGUGGAAGCAACUGGGAACAGCAGCAACUCAGCAAUUAAGUGGUAGGCCAUGUAAAAUGACAGAGCGGGGUCAACGCAUGCUGAAGCGCACAGUGCACACAAGUUACCAACUGACUGCAGAGUCAAUAGCUAAAGGCCUCCAAACUUCGUGUGGUCUUCAGAUUAGCACAACAGUGCAGAGAGCUUCAUGGAAUGGGUUUCCAUGGCCGAGCAGCAGCAUCUAAGCCUUACAUCACCAAGUGCAAGCGCCGGAUGCAGUGGUGUAAAACAUGCCACCACUGGACUCUAG